AGACGGGCGUUGAGCUGUCGGGCUAGAGCGUCGCCGAGUCGGAGCCGGAGCCCGAGCCGCGCGCUGUGUCUCCGCUGCGUCCGCCGAGGCCCCCGAGUGUCAGGGACAAAAGCCGCCGCUGCGCCGCCUGCUCCCGUCGCCGGGGCUCAUCCGCUGCCGCCGCCACCCUGAGGAGAGUCCGCCGCCGUCGCCACCCGUGAGGAUCCGAGAGCCAUGUCGGCCAGCAGCCUCUUGGAGCAGAGACCAAAAGGUCAAGGAAACAAAGUACAAAAUGGAUCUGUACAUCAAAAGGAUGGAUUAAAUGAUGAUGAUUUUGAACCUUACUUGAGUCCACAGGCAAGGCCCAAUAAUGCAUAUACUGCCAUGUCAGAUUCCUACUUACCCAGUUACUACAGUCCCUCCAUUGGCUUCUCCUAUUCUUUGGGUGAAGCUGCUUGGUCUACUGGGGGUGACACAGCCAUGCCCUAUCUAACUUCUUAUGGACAGCUGAGCAACGGAGAGCCUCACUUCCUACCAGAUGCAAUGUUCGGACAACCAGGAGCCCUGGGUAGCACUCCAUUUCUUGGUCAGCAUGGUUUUAAUUUCUUUCCCAGUGGGAUUGACUUCUCAGCUUGGGGAAAUAACAGUUCUCAGGGACAGUCUACUCAGAGCUCUGGAUAUAGUAGCAAUUAUGCUUAUGCACCUAGCUCCUUAGGUGGAGCCAUGAUUGAUGGACAGUCAGCUUUUGCCAGUGAGACCCUCAAUAAGGCUCCUGGCAUGAAUACUAUAGACCAGGGGAUGGCAGCCCUGAAGUUGGGUAGCACAGAAGUUGCAAGCAAUGUUCCAAAAGUUGUAGGCUCUGCUGUUGGUAGCGGGUCCAUUACUAGUAACAUCGUGGCUUCCAAUAGUUUGCCUCCAGCUACCAUUGCUCCUCCAAAACCAGCGUCUUGGGCUGAUAUUGCUAGCAAGCCUGCAAAACAGCAACCCAAGUUGAAGACCAAGAAUGGCAUUGCAGGGUCAAGUCUUCCACCACCUCCAAUAAAACAUAACAUGGAUAUUGGAACUUGGGAUAACAAGGGUCCUGUGGCAAAAACUCCCUCACAGGCUUUGGUUCAGAACAUAGGUCAGCAGCCAACCCAGGGGUCUCCCCAGCCUGUAGGUCAGCAGGCUAACAGUAGCCCACCAGCGGCUCAGGCAUCAGUAGGGCAACAGACACAGCCAUUGCCCCCACCACCACCACAGCCUGCCCAGCUCUCAGUGCAGCAACAGGCAGCUCAGCCAACCCGCUGGGUAGCACCUCGGAACCGUGGCAGUGGGUUCGGUCAUAAUGGGGUGGAUGGUAAUGGAGUAGGACAGUCUCAGGCUGGAUCUGGAUCUACUCCUUCAGAACCUCACCCAGUGUUGGAGAAGCUGCGGUCCAUUAAUAACUAUAACCCCAAGGAUUUUGACUGGAAUCUGAAACAUGGCCGGGUUUUCAUCAUUAAGAGCUACUCUGAGGACGAUAUCCACCGUUCCAUUAAGUAUAAUAUCUGGUGCAGCACAGAGCAUGGUAACAAGAGACUGGAUGCUGCUUAUCGCUCCAUGAACGGGAAGGGCCCCGUUUACUUACUUUUCAGUGUCAACGGCAGUGGACACUUCUGUGGCGUUGCAGAAAUGAAAUCUGCUGUGGACUACAACACAUGUGCAGGUGUGUGGUCCCAGGACAAAUGGAAGGGUCGUUUUGAUGUCAGGUGGAUUUUUGUGAAGGACGUUCCCAAUAGCCAGUUGCGACACAUUCGCCUAGAGAACAACGAGAAUAAACCAGUGACCAACUCCAGGGACACUCAGGAAGUGCCUCUGGAAAAGGCUAAGCAGGUGUUGAAAAUCAUAGCCAGCUACAAGCACACCACUUCCAUUUUUGAUGACUUCUCACACUAUGAGAAACGCCAAGAGGAAGAAGAAAGUGUUAAAAAGGAACGUCAAGGUCGUGGGAAAUAAGAGGCAGUUCUGCACAGACUGCAGCAACGGUUGCGUCUGCAUAUCCUAAGAGGAAAAAAAUUGACCUUCAAGAGAAUUAGGACUUUUUUCUUAAUUUCAUUGACUUCAGAGACGAUUGCAGACUUGCAGUUUAAGUAUUGGAAUUUCACAAAAGACAUAGGACUUAACUGGAAAAUGAAAAAAAAAAGAAAAAGAAAAAACUAAACAAAAAAUCCCUCUAGGUAGUUUAGGUGAAAAAUGUCCCUUUUAUUUUGGCUUUGGUUGUGAUUUCAGAGCAUAAUGCUUUGUUUUUUUGUCUUUUUACUAUGUUUUUCGGAUUUUAAAGUCCGUAAGUGCAUACAGUUUUCUCUAAUUUUUAAACCCUUUCCUCCCCCCAUUUUGACAUUUGCACUUGGAGAACACUUGAGUUUUGAAGGUUUUGGGCAUCCACCCCAGAAAGUGGGAAUUUGUUUUUUCCCUUCUGAACUGGAAGAACAUUUUUAUGAAGAAUUUUUGUCUUGGAGAAUUUAACAGUGUUACCCAAGGUUGUGUCUUUAAGGGUGGUUCAUUUUCUCUGACCCUUUGUUAUUCAAAGUAAAAUACUAGGAGUCCUAAGAAAUGUUCUGUUCUUGUACAUUAUACUGAUUAAGUCAGGAUUAAUUUGAUUUCAAAGCUAAGAACAGUGGUAAAAACUUGUUUACAGAAAUGCAUUUUGGAAGCGAAAAAUAUUGUAAAACGUGUAGUGAAUGUUUCUUCAGUUUCUUGUUCAGCCAAUGAGGAAAGGGCAUUGCCUUUCUUUUUACCAUUAAUCACUUCUCAAUAAACGUGAGAUCCUGUUGAGCAUCA